UUUGAACAUCCCCUGGAAUAUUUUUAAGUUACAUUGAACAUGAUAAUAAUAUUAUCAUGGUAUUCAUUUUAUAUAGAUUUUGUAAUCAUAUUUAUUUAUAUUCUAUAUUUUUAUGCGACCUGUCACUCUGACAGUAUUGUUGACGCAUGCGCACUGUGCGCGUCCCGUUCGGUGGCUCCACCCACGUGGCUACCCACGUGGCUCCACCUACCAGGGUGCAGCCGGGAGCUCGGUGCGCAGUGUCCCGGUUCCCAGUCCAUAACUCCUUAAACCGGACGGCGUACUAAUACGAGCACAAUAAAUCAUUCUCACAGGCGGUGAACAUGGCUGCUGAGGCGGAACCGGGCCGCGUUUCGUUUCCGGUUUCUGGAGUCGCGAUAGCAGUGGUUUCAAGUUUCAUCAAUGGCUCGACUUUUGUGCUUCAGAAAAAGGGAAUAUUACGGUCUCGCGACAGAGGGUGCUCGUACCUCACAGAUGUGGUGUGGUGGAGCGGCACACUGGCCAUGAUUAUCGGUCAAAUUGGGAAUUUCCUGGCGUACAACGUGGCCCCGGCUGUGAUCGUCACCCCACUGGGAGCCCUUGGAGUGCUGUUUGGCGCCGCUUUGGCCUCGCGGCUCCUGGGCGAGCGGUUGAACGUCCUGGGGAAGCUCGGCUGCGUCUUGUGCUGCUGCGGCUCCGUGGUGCUUGUCGUUCACGCCCCCAAAGCCCAGGCCGUCACAUCCAGGCGGGAGCUGGAGGCCGGGCUGUCGGACCCAGUGGUUGUGGCGUACGGCCUCCUGCUGGUGCUGGUGCUGCUGGUGCUGAUCGCGCGGGCCGCUCCGGCCCACGGCUCGUCCAACAUCAUGGUGUACGUGGCCAUUUGUUCCCUCCUGGGAAGCUUCACCGUGCCCAGCAGCAAAGGACUGGGCCUGGUGGCUCCGGGGGUCCUGGGGGGCGAGCCGGGGGCGCUGCCCCUCUUCCUGGCGCUGCUGGCGACGCUGGCCCUCGGCGUCCUCGUCCAGUUCUUCUUCAUCAACAAGGCCCUGGAGAGGUUCAGCGCCAACGUGUUCGAGGCCGUGUACUACGUGGCGUUCACGGCCAGCGCCACCGUGGCCUCGGCCCUGCUCUUCAAGGAGUGGACGGCGCUGACGGCGCCGGGGGCGGCGGCCAUGCUGUGCAGCCUGACCACGGUGUGCGUCGGCGUCGUUUUGCUGCGCGUCUCCCAGGAGGCUUCCAUCACGCGGAGGACGACAAAGAAGACGGAAUGACGAGGAUCGAAACCAGCGUUUAAACUGGAUUUUUUAUCUUCUGGUUUUUAUCUUCAGGCAUUCCUUAUUUAAUUUGUAUUUUUCUUUACUGGUGCAAAGUGCAGUAAACAAACAGAGGAACGCCGACCUACAAGGAUAACAAUGAUGAUGACAGUUCUGACUUUAUUUAUUAUACAGCACCUUUAAAAACGGACAAAGCAGCAAAAACAGAGAAGCUGAAUGAACAAUAAGAACUGAAAAAAAACACUGGAUUCGACUACUAGAAGGGAGUGUUUGUGUGGAACAUUUCUUAGUUAAUAUGUAACUCACUUACACCACUCACAAUAAAAAGGGUUUCCUCAUCAUCAA